GUCGGUGAACUAGGAUCGGGAAGUUUGAAGAUCGGAACAAAAUAUGAAGUGGAAGCUGAUUCUGGCGAUGAUCGCCGGAUUGAUGGUGAUCGAUCCCGUCUGUAGUGAAGAGUUGAUUAAAAGAUCGGAGUACAACCGCAUGCCGCAAGUGUUCGUGUACGAUCAUUACGAUGAGUGUUUGUUCGACGAACCGGAAGUAGAAACGACGACGUACUGUCUCGUAAGGGCGGUGAUUAAACCGGACAACGGGUCCGAGUUGUGGCGGAUGAUCGAGAAGUUUUCCAGCAAAACGAAGAUGCACCUUAAUCAUGCCUCGCUGGAUCGCGGGAUUUGCGUGAGGGGAGACGUGAAGGAUGCGCUCGCGAAGCUGAAAGUGGAUAACGUUAGUGCGUUGGUGGUGCCAAAGUUCGAGAUUGGAUUUCCGUACAUUUUCGGCCACAACUCGUUCCGCAACGUGGAACCAUACAAGCGGAACUACUCCGAGCUGAUGGCUGCAAUCAUUAACAAGGAUCUGUCGGAGCGGUACGGCCUGAAAGCGUACACCGAGAUCGAGUACUGCGAUCGUGCCGGAGUUGACGAGUUCCCGAUUGACGGCCUGGACAUCGCUUUCCUCGUGAUCGUGGCCGUUUUGGUCGUGGUUAUGGCGGCGUCCAGCUGGUAUGACGCGUCCUGUAAAUCUGAGAACGGGUUGAACCACUACCAGGAGGACAUGCCAAGUCACAAAGCGAUGCUGCUGUCGUCGUUCUCGGCGAUCCGGAACUGGUACCGGCUGGUGUCGCACUCGCGCGAUCCUACGAGCAGGGACUUGCGGAUGAUUCAGGCCAUUCGGCACCUGACGUUUGUACUAACCUUGAUUGGACAUGCCAGCAUGAUGGUACAGUCGCGGACUGGAUGGAUCGUGGAGCAAAAGUACCGCGAGCUGGCGACGAUGAUCAUCAUCAACGGGUUCCAAAUUGUGACCACGUUCUUCACGAUCAGUGGGUUGGUGUUUACGAUCACUUACGUGGAGAAAAUGAGGGAAUCUGGCAGGAAACCGGGCGUUUUGGAGAUUGUGAUUGUAACCGUGAACCGGUAUAUAAGGUUAACUCCGGUCUAUGCGUUAUUCCUACUUUUUGAAGCGACCUGGUUCAUACGUUUACAAGAUGGCCCGUUUUGGCGAAGAGGUGUUGAGACAAGCAUGAUCAACUGUCGGAGAAAUUGGUGGAUCAACCUGCUCUAUGUGAACAACUACUUCAAACCGGAUCAACCGUGCAUGCAACACUCGUGGUACCUAGCCGCAGAUUUCCAGCUGUCAACCAUUGGGCUAGUUCUCGUAACACUGGUCAUUCGGUUUCCCCGACUUAAGAAACCUUUGAUAACGAUCGUGACGGCUAUCGCGGUCAUCAUCCCAGGUGUGGUUGUCUACCUGGGAAGUUACGAAGGAGUGACCAUCUUUUCACCAGAGUCGCGGCGUUUCAUGUUCUGGUACGACAUUGCUUACUACAAAACAUAUCUACCGAUGCACAUGAAUCUGGGAAUGUACAUGUGCGGUAUCAUCAUUGGUUUCCUGUAUCUGAAUUACCGAAAUGCCGGCAAUCGGUUCCGUAGGUCUCCGUGGUUCCGGUUGGCAUUCUUCUCGAUCUUCAUAGUUGGGCCCGGCAUGUUCCUGAUCGGUCGGAUCUUCUACGUCAACGACUACCCGAAACCCUCGGUGUGGAUGUCCGUCUACUUCGCGGGAGCUCGUGUCAUGUGGGGAUUGGUCGCGUUAAUGGGAUUCUGCGGAUUUGCGUUCCGGAUCAGCAAACCGGUCACGCGCAUUAUGAACAUCAAGUUUUUCGAAGUGCUGGGACGGCUCACGUACGGAGCGUACGUGGGACACUUUUUCAUGAUCAAAAUGAUGUACUACAACACGCGGGAGCUGUCCAACCUGGGCUCGUUCGAUGUGGCCGUCAAAAUCAACAGCACCCUGUACCUGUCGUACAUGCUGUCCCUGGCCAUAACCCUUCUGGUGGAGCUGCCGAUAUCCGCGCUUCAAAAGCAGUUGCUCCAGACGUUUGUCAAGCCCGACUCAAACGCCAGCAGCGAAGGACAAGUAACGCCAGAACUCAAACGAAACGGCACUGGCAAUGGUAGCUUCACAAACGAAGGCUUCAAGACUAGUUUUAAAGGCAAUAUUGAUUUUCUGCAGCAGCAGCAGCGACUGUGAAUUACUGACUGACUAAGAUUGUAAGACUGGAAUGUGCA